AUGGUAGACUCAUUCUCCGAUUUGGGUGGAAUCGCGGUAAAUCAAGGUACUGUAGAAACUAGACUCCCGCAACUUAUAUUUCACGCGGUACAUGGGCAAAACGUAGUGUUGCAAAAAGGCGGUAGAGUGGCGAGGAGGAAAGAAAGCUUCUGUAAAGGACUUGCGUUUUCUAACAGGCCAGUUUCGGUCAAUGAAAAUGUAUGUAUUCGCCUGAAUGAGGUUUCAACGAGUUGGUCGGGUGUGCUGAGAUUCGGAGUCACUAAUGUGGAUCCUGAGACGUAUAGAACCAUUCAGGUUCCGAAGUGA